AGAUCGGUAAAAAAAUUGUCCAACUUUGGAAAAUUUUAUUAUUCCUAGUAGUAGAGAUACUUGAGCCGCAUAUAUACACAGUUUCAAUAAUCAUAACUGCAAAACAUGGCAAUCAUCUCCAAAUGAUUUGCUUUAUGAACUGAUCAACUAGCCUAAGAACAGCUGAUAACAAACACUAUAACCUAACUAUACUUGAAUUUUCAUAUACAACAUUAUCAAUGAUGACGACUUAUCGUAAUUUAAAAACGCCCGGUCUUCAUUAUUAAUGCAAAUCAUCCUCAGUUUACAGAUCGGUCGAAAAAAGUUGAAAGUGAAUGCCUUUUAAAAUCGCUUACAUUUACUGCCGUUCAUAAAAGCUAGCAUUAUUUAUUGGUUAUUAUUAAGUAAACAUCUUGCAACUUGAGGUGUUUUUGCCGCGUUGAUUGCUUGUUAAGCUUUUUCUGGCAAUCAUUUGAGUCAAUUGACACAAAUGGCAUCUAUACGUCGUUCUGGUAAAUUAAAUAGUUUGGGGACAUCAACUUCUACUACAGCGAAAACUCGUAGGCAUAUUAGACACGAUCGGAAUAAUCCUGGUUCAGAUGAACCAGCCGACACCGCUUCUAAAUCCAUUACUGAUACACAAAACAACUUCGAUUUAAAAAAUAGAGUGGAACACGCAAAACCAGACGUUCAUCAAAUGUUAAACACUCCAAGAACCAAAAAAAUAAUUGACUCAUCUAAAAAACGAGAACUUAGUAAUAUAAGCAAAGCUCCUGAUGAAGCUUCUCCACCAAAACAGGCUAAACAUCGAAGUCCAGUGGCUCAUAAAAUGUUGAGUCCGUCACGACUGUUAGAUCGUUUAAGCAUAAACGAAAUGGCAUCCGACUCUGAUGACGCAAAAAAAGAUAAACAUCGUUCGUUUCAUCGUAACAAAUAUCAAAAUGCUCGAUGUAUUUUAAACAGUGGCGAAACGAAAAAAUUGCCAGGAAGGGAAGAGCAGUUGGAAGAACUCAAGCAGUUCUUUCGAGAACAUUUGGAAAAUAAGAGUUCGGGUAGUUUGUACGUAUCUGGUCAACCAGGUACUGGAAAAACUGCUUGUUUAUCACUCCUAAUGCAUUCGCCGGAGUUUGCUUUGAGUUUGCAAACAGUGUAUAUUAACUGUACUUCGAUAGCUUCAAUUGGAGGAGUUUACAAAAAAUUAUCAGCAGAAUUGAAGCUUAAAUCUAAAGGACGUACAGAACACGAUAAUAUAACGGCCAUACAAUGUUAUAUCCAAAACUCGAAAGAUAUGUUACUUGUAGUUUUAGACGAGAUCGAUCAACUUUGCAGCUCAAAGCAAUCAAUCCUAUAUACAAUAUUCGAAUGGCCGUCAUUACGUAACGCUCGGCUAUUGCUUGUGGGUAUAGCCAAUAGCUUGGACUUGACUGAGCGAACACUUACACGUUUGAACGCUCGUUGUGAGUUGAAGCCGAAGCAUAUACAUUUUCCACCGUACACAAAGCAGCAAAUUGUAGAGAUCUUUAAGUCACGUCUGGAAGAAGCCGAAGUUUUAGAUAUAUUUCCUCCAGUUACCAUUGAAUUACUGGCAGCUAAGGUUAGUGCGGUAAGUGGGGAUGUGAGAAGAGCUCUUGACAUUGGGCGGCGAGCAGUAGAAAUUGCGGAGCAACAAAAGAAAGCCGGUAAUAAAAAAGUGAAUUUACAAAAAUUUGUUAUGGAAGCGGAAGGAAACAUUGAAAAUCUGUGUAAAGACAUACUGGAGCCUGUGCAAGUCACCCAUGUAACAGCUGUUGUAAAUAAAGUUUAUAGCGCCUCACAAAGUCUACACGAGGAUAUUGAACAAUCAUUUCCUUUACAACAGAAAAUAAUGUUGUGCUCGUUGAUGCUAAUGCUACGUAAUCAACGCAACAAAGAUAUAACCAUAGGACGACUACACGAAGUUUACCGCCGUGUUUGUAACAAACGCAACAUUCAUUCUUUGGAUCAGGCUGAAUUUGUCGGAUUAGUUGACCUGGUGCAAACUCGAGGUAUAUUGCACAUAAUUAAAAAGAAAGAACCGCGCUUUGGUAAAGUUCAAUUGUCGUGGGACGAAGAAGAAGUUACUGCGGCUUUAUGUGAUAAACAACUGAUUGCUUCCAUUUUAGAUGACACCGCCUCUUUAAACAACUAAUUCAUUUAAAAUUUUUUUUGGCAAAAAAAAUUUAAAAAUUGAAAUGAAUCAGUUGAAAUAGUCACUUGUUGGCAAGUUAAUCAGUUAAUCAAUCUUUUUAUAGUUGCAAAAGCGUGCUACAUUAUCUAAUUAAUUGUAUUUAAUUUAAUUUUUAAUUAGUAUUUAAAUAGUUUCCUGCUUUCGUUUCAGUUAUUUUUACACAAAUUUCGAUACACACAGGUAUUAAAGUGAUUAUUUUCAUAAAUUAACCUUGAUCUAAUGCGAGAGCCGUUUAUAUGUAUGCCGACAACAAUAUCUCUUUAUUUGUAGAAAAAUAAAACGUAUGACUCUAAAUGAUUUCUGUUUUAUAAGAAAGUAGUAAGUGACGCAAGAAUUAAUAAUAGGAAAUUAAGAGGCAUCAUUUGAAAUUUCUAUAUUUAUUAUCGAGCGAUGACGAUACGUUCAAUAUAUUAUUCAAUUUGUGAGAGCGAAAAACGUAUUACAAAGUCCUUCUAUUGAUUGAAUCAAUCAAUCUACUAUGUUGUGAAUCUCUCUUUCUUUAAAGCCACAAAAAUAAAGUUGGAAAACGCAAACUUCACAUAUAUGUUU